UAAGCUGCAAAGGCCAUAAUUCAAAUCUUCAUUGACUCCAAAGCCACUGAACCAUCGCUGCCUCUCAACUCGACCCUGUCAAAUACUUGGCCGCAAUUCAGGAACACUCCGCCUACAACUUUCCCGAAGCUACCAGCGACCGACGUCAGUCUGGCCUAGCACGGCCCGGUCUCGCUAAAGCUCCGCAAGCUGCUAGCGAUCGCCGCUGCCCGGGCUGGACAAGCCCGGCCUGGUCAGGCGAGAUCGGGGCUGAGCGAGUCCGGCUCCCCGGGACCCUCGCCCAGCCCCCGCGGCAGGCACCUCGUAAAAGCGGCGGGUACUUAAGAGAAUGACAAGCGUCCUUUCCAGUUGGAACAGUUUCUUACUCAUCCAAGGCUCAGUUAGCAACAUGUCAUCUGCUGCCCCUCGGGGUCACAACUGGACGCGUUCUCAGUCAACUGCAGAUGAAAACAGUGAGGACCCUGUGGAUCAGAUGAUCUCACGCACAGGUUGCAUAGCCUUUCACCAUGCUGUGCAGGAUUGUAUGGCCCAGCACCAAGACUGGAGGAAGUGCCAGGCCCAAGUUAAGGCCUUCAAAGAGUGCAUGAGCCAGUACCAGAAGAACAGGCUAGAAGAGCUGCAAAGGAGACAGAAGCAGAUGCCCACUGAUGGCUGAGACACCCAGAAAACUAGCCUGAGGAAGGCUAAAUACCCACCUAACUCAGGAUGACACUCGGGAGCUGGGGAACUAAGAACAUAUGGAAGAUGCUCCUGUAGAGGAGACAACUCAGAACAGUCAAUUCAAUGCAAAUUUGCCAAUGUUUAUUAAGCAGAUACUGGGUUAGAAUCCACUGCUUAAUCCAAGGUUGCAGGGAAGAGAAAUGAGGAGGGGAAAAUGUGCUAAAGAAACUUCUUUAAGGCCUCUACCCAAGGUUUUGUUCCUGUGCCUAGGACUAUAUUGAUUCCUUGGAAAUUUAAACGAAAAAUAAAUUCAUGACCUAAAAUGUCAGUUUUACUGUUUCUUUUCAAAUAUGAAAAAUAGAAAAUGGGAAGAUUAUAAAUUCCAUGUUUCAUUCAUUCUAUUUAAAACAGGUAAUUAAGUCAGAUUGUUUGCUCUCGUAUUGUUCAAGCACAAAUAAGGAAAAUUCAUAAUAUUCCAUGAAAAUUGCAGAGAACGUAAAACAAGCAAUAUCUAUUAUCUAUGGAAGAAAAAAUUGUUGCUGACAACAAAAUGGAGAAUAGGGAAGGCUUCCUGGUAAGGGAAAUAUUAGAAUGGAUUUUAAAUAAUAGGUACAUUUGAAGAGUGUGAGGGGGAGGUAAUCCAACCACAGAAUCUUACAAAGAAAGAAACACAUUUGUAGGAAUUAAAUGAUUUGCCCAAAAUGAAAACAGAUUUGAACCCAGGUUCUGAAUCUAAAUGCUGGGUUUCCAUGAUUGCAUGGUGGCUUUUUAAAGAUAAGGACAACAGUUGGAUAAAAGUAUAUGUGGGCAAGUACAGGCCAUGGUGAAGAAGGCAGAAAAUUAUCCAGUUAGGGUGGAUUUUGGAGUUUGUGAAGUGGAUUAACAUGAGAUAAGCCCAGAAAAACAGAUUUGUACCUGAUUAGA